CUUGUGCUGUGAGUGUGGUGUUCCAAUUAGCCCAAAUCCUGCCAACGUUUGUGUGGCUUGUUUGAGAAGUAAAGUUGACAUCAGCCAAGGUGUUCCAAAGCAGGUCUCCAUUUCUUUCUGCAAACAGUGUCAAAGAUAUUUUCAGCCACCAGCAUCUUGGGUACAGUGUGCUUUAGAAUCCAGGGAGCUUCUUGCUUUAUGCUUGAAAAAAAUUAAAGCACCUCUGAGUAAGGUACGACUUGUUGAUGCAGGCUUUGUUUGGACUGAGCCCCAUUCCAAGAGGCUUAAAGUUAAAUUGACAAUUCAGAAAGAGGUGAUGAAUGGUGCUAUCCUUCAGCAGGUGUUUGUGGUAGAUUAUGUUGUUCAGUCCCAAAUGUGUGGAGAUUGCCAUAGAGUUGAAGCUAAGGAUUUCUGGAAGGCUGUGAUUCAAGUCAGGCAGAAGACUCUGCACAAGAAAACGUUCUACUAUCUGGAACAAUUGAUUCUGAAAUAUGGAAUGCAUCAGAAUACACUUCGUAUCAAAGAGAUUCAUGAUGGUCUGGAUUUCUACUAUUCUUCAAAACAACAUGCUCAGAAGAUGGUAGAGUUUCUUCAGGGUACAGUUCCCUGUAGAUACAAAGCAUCACAAAGAUUGAUCUCCCAAGACAUCCAUAGUAACACAUACAAUUACAAGAGCACUUUUUCUGUGGAAAUUGUUCCAAUAUGCAAGGACAAUGUUGUCUGCCUGUCACCAAAAUUGGCGCAGAGUCUUGGAAAUAUGAGCCAGAUUUGUAUUUGUAUUCGAGUAACUAGUGCCAUCCAUCUCAUAGACCCAAAUACCCUACAAGUUGCAGAUAUUGAUGGAAACACAUUCUGGAGUCAUCCUUUCAAUAGUUUAUGCCAUCCUAAACAGCUUGAAGAGUUUAUUGUGAUGGAAUGCAGCAUAGUCAGGGAUCUGAAAAGAAGUGCGGGGGCUGGAAUCAUAUCAAAAAAGCACACCCUUGGGGAAGUCUGGAUCCAGAAGACAUCUGAAAUGAAUACAGAUAAACAGUAUUUUUGUCGAACUCACUUGGGACAUCUUUUAAAUCCUGGAGACCUGGUGCUGGGAUUUGAUUUGGCCAACUGUAAUUUAAAUGAUGAACAUGUCAACAAAAUGAACUCAGAUAGAGUUCCAGAUGUGGUGUUAAUUAAGAAGAGCUAUGACCGUACCAAACGCCAGCGCCGUAGAAACUGGAAACUAAAAGAACUUGCAAGAGACAGGGAAGACAUGGAUACAGAUGACGAAAGGCAAUAUCAAGAUUUCCUUGAAGAUCUUGAAGAAGAUGAGGCAAUUAGAAAAAAUGUCAACAUUUAUAGAGAUUCCACCGUCCCUGUGGAAAGUGAUACAGAUGAUGAAGGAGCACCUCGAAUUAGUCUGGCCGAGAUGCUUGAAGACCUUCAUAUUUCUCAAGAUGCCACAGGUGAAGAAGGUGCAUCAAUGAUGUCAUGAGUCAUGUUAUAUGCUGUUCGCAUAUCUGUGACCUCAGGAAGUCAGCAAAAUAACCUUUAUUGUAUAGUACAUGUAUUUCCUUAUAUUUUGAGAUGAGAAAUUUGGCCUUAAACUUGAAUAAAUGACUAUUUUGAUUGUUCACUUAAA